GAGUUGAAAUUUGACAGUUAUUUACAGGUAAGGUCAGUUAACAAGUGUCUGUUGUGAAAAUGAAACUCUCAGUGUACAACUCCAUUAUAGAAAUUAUGCACACACACAACUCGAGGGAUUGCUUACCGCUGAUCGUGAAACAAUACCCGGAAUUUUCCGUAUCUACGAUUGGAAGUAUAUAUGCUCAAGAUUUUCAAAAGAAAAUGAGAAAAACACAUCAUAUUCAUUAUAAUCCAGCAAGAAUGGAACUAUACUAUGAACACUAUCUGAGAAGGAUAAACAACAAAGAACGACACGUAUUAUUAAAGUUAGCUGAUGAGGUGGAGUUGUCACCUGCUUUGUUAGCAAGAAUGGUACUCGAACGGCAUUUGUCGGCAACAAAAUAUGAAGGAGAUGCCCCACCAAAGAGUUAUGUUACUAAAUUAAUGAAAGACACUUCUCUCAUAAACGACCCAUUACUGGCAUCAGAAAUCCAUGAAUGUCUUGUCUGUGAUGAUCACUAUGGACCACAUGUUGACAAUAUUAAACAAUCCAUUGGGAAUGAGCAUGAGUAUAAACUUAAUAGAAUUUUAGAUUCAUUGAAUUUAGCGUAUAUUGGUGAGGAUCAAAUGAGAACAAGGGGUUUUGAUAAGACUCCUGAUGUUAAAUUAGAAGUCCCUUUCAGUGUAGAUGGUCAUGUUAUCAACUGGAUAGAGAGUAAAGCCUCUUUUGGUGAUGAAUACAGUCAUAAGGGUUAUCUAAAGGAUCAGUUCUGGAGUUACUGGAAUAGGUUUGGUCCAGGAAUGGUCAUCUAUUGGUUUGGAUUCAUUGAAGAACUUGACACAGACAGAGAGAAAGGAAUAAUUUUGAGUGAUAAAUUCCCAGAUAAUAUUGUCAGAAUGAAUCCCAUAAUGAAAUAAUCAUAGUGUGAAUGACAAAAUGAAUGAGUUUUCCUUAUAUGAGGUUCAUUAUUUUCAAAGACAUCAUGUCGUUUUUUGUUUUUUUUUCUGAAAAUGAUUGUGAUAUAUGUGAAUGUAUUUUACUUAUAGUUAUGUUAAUAACUUUGUGGUAUGGUAUGAAAUGAAAAGCAGAAAGAUUUCGUUAAAAUAAUGUUCACUCUGAAAUGUAAGCUAGCAUUUCCACAAUUUAAAUAUGUUUAAGUGGGAUUCAUUGCAAUUUUUUUUUUACAGUUAAGGACAUAUGCAACAUAGUUUGAACUUUAUUGUCUUUUUCCCUGGAGUUGAAGAGUUCCAAUUCUUAAAGGAACUGUUUGCUACAUUUUAAUGUCAAUAUAUGCUGUUGUACACUUCUAAAACAAGUUUGGAUAAACAAAACAUCUAGAAUAUUUGUUUAGUAAUUUUUGUAUAUUUUUCUUUGAAUUAUACAAGAAUUUUAAUUAAUUGAUAUCUUUCAAAACCCCUGGUAAUGCAUGCUGAUUUUUUGUCUAUGAACAUCUGAUGGCACUAUAAUCUUAAAGUAAGAAUAUCUUGAAAAAUUAUCCGUAGGUGAGGUACGUUGCGUAUGUCCUUAAUGUGAAAUGAAGAAGUAUUUUUUUUUAUUUUGACCACUUUAAUUUUUCAAGUUUUGUUGUACUCUAUAUUUAAGUGGGGAUAAUAAACUUUUACAAGAUUGAAUUUAAAUGUAAUGAAGUUAAUCAGAUCAAUUCCUUUAGGCCAAUAAACUCUUCAGAACAAUAA